CAUUCUCUAGUCGCAUUUUCUCACUUCACUCUUCACACCGGUUUUUGGCACGUGUUUGUAGCAAAAAAUUUGCAAAUUUCUACUCAAUUCAUCAGAAAUUAUAACUUUUCUCUCUCAAGUAUUAAAAGCCAAGUUAUCUGAAAGGAUACAAUCGUCGAGUAGAAUUUGUUAGUACAAGAGAAGAAAAGAUUAAAUACAAAAUGUUUUUGCGAUCAGUAAUUUCCAAACUUGCUUCGAGUGCGGAACAAGCAAUGGUGAAAGUUGUACAAACGCCACGCUUUCUCCACACAAAUGCGCUCGUGGGUGGUUCGAAGGGUCUCCUCCGCCCAGCCGGCCUCCUCCGACCGCUCGGAACGGUCAAAAGUGUGCAUGACACCAAGGCGAAAGGUGACGACGAGCUGGUGAGCUUCUUGACGGAAGAAAUUGCCACGGAGAAAAAAAAUCAGAGAGCUGGACCUUUGCCGUCGAAUUUGGACGGGUUCGAGAUACAAUUGGAUCAAUCAGAACUUACAUUUACGAAAAAGUUUAAUCAGGAAAAAGUGGUGAUCAACUUUAACGUAAACCACACUGUGGAUGCGGAUUAUGCGGAUGAGCAGCAGUUGGACAAAGGUGGACAACAGGCGGAAAAGGAUGCAGAAAUGAGAUCUCGACCUAAUUUCGAGAUUGAAAUUACAAAGGGGAAUAAAAUAUUGUCCUUCAGCUGCUCAUAUUUGCAAGAUGCUGGAGCUGCUGCAGCUGACCCUCAACAGGACGAAUAUCCAGAAGAUGCAUUCGUGAUUGACGAAAUCUCAAUUUAUGAGGGAGAAUGGAACGAGCAAACUUACGCCGUAGCUGGAGACAUUUUGGACGGUUAUUUGUACGAUUUAUUCAUGAACAUGUUGGAAGAAAGAGGGAUUACAAAUGAGUUUGCGGAGAAAAUGUCCGAUUUUGCGACUGAUUAUGAACACAAGCUGUACACCAACUUGUUGGGACAACUUCAAGGAUUUCUCACUUCCAAGUGAACAGUACGAGACAAAGACGAUGAUAUGAUACAUUUGGAAUUUAGUAGUGUUUGAUUAGUUUGUUCACAUUUUUCUGAAGUCAUUUUUUAAGAAAAGUUAUAAGCUUUUAUAGCAUAGUCUGAUUAUUGAAAUAAAUAUUUGUGUAUGAAACAACAAGCACCAACUUCA